AUGGAUGAAAGUUUGAGAACAGCUGCUCGUACAGGAAAUGUUAGUGAUUUGUAUUCAUUAAUUCAAAGAAAUGGAAAUGUUUUGAGGAGUUUUGAUGAAGUGGAGUUUAUGGAAACUCCAUUACACGUAGCUGCAGAAGAAGGAUGCAUUGGGUUCGCAAUGGAGAUGAUGAACUUAAAGCCAUCAUUUGCCAGGAAGCUAAACCAACAAGGUUUGAGCCCAAUUCACAUUGCGGUUAAAAAAGGGCAUAAAGAGAUGGUGCUACGCUUCCUAGAGAUUGAUAAAGAUCUUGUUCGUGUCAAAGGGAAGAAGGGUAAGACUCCCUUGCACUUGAUAAGUAAAGUUGGAAACCCUGAUGGCUUGGUCGAUAGGUUUUUGAAGGUUUGUCCCCAAAGUAUAAAAAACGUUACAACUAGGAAUCGUACUGCUUUGCAUAUUGCAGCGGAAAAGAAUAGAUUGGACGCUUUCCAGGUUCUAAUCCGAACACUUAAAAAGAAAGACUACUGUCAAGAAGUAGUGAACAGGAAAGACGAAGAUGGCAACACCGCACUGCACAUAUCUGCUAUCAAUAAUCAACCCCAGCUGCUCAAACUACUACUAGAAUGCAAAGCUGAUAAGCAUGAGACCAAUGAGGCUGGUUUUACGGCACUGAAGGCACUGAAGGUAGCGGAUCAACAGAACAAUAUAGAAAGCAUUAGCAUUCUGCGUGAUUGUUGUCCAGGAGUUUCCAACUUCAAAUAUAAGUUGAAGAAACAAAUUGGCAAGUAUGUGGCAAAGGCAUCAUUGUUAAUCUUUGACGAUGUAGACAAUAUAUCAAGCGAGGACCGCAGUAUCUUACUAAUAAUUUUAGGAGUACUGCUUCUAAAGGCAUCCUUCCAAGUGAAUCUUAGCCCGCCUGGUGGUGUUUUGCAAGGAGAAAAUUUCUCAAAGUCCAAAGGAUCAUAUGAUGCAAAUGCGCCGGGGAAAUCAGUCUUGGGUGAAGUUUACUUUCUUCGUUUCUUUGUUCCAACUUAUGUUGUGUUUAUGACGGCAUGGUAUGGAGGUGUCAGGGAAGUGGAGGAGAAGCAUGCGGUGGCAGACGGUAUGGGAGUGACCAAGGAUGGUGCUAGUGUCAGAGGAAAGUGGGGCGUGGUAGCCAAGGGCAGAGGGGCGUGCGGCGUAAGUAGGGGGCAAGUGGGGGGUUUGGUUGAUUAA